UCAAGCGAAUCAUCAAACAAGUGACGUCCUCCCCUGCCAUCCCAUACUGCAGCCCUACCAACACAACAUAUCAAAAGCAACAACCCCAUCAUAUCACCACACUCUCAUACGAUACGAUACCAAAUAAAUAUCUACAAUCAUGACUACAUAUUCUUCCACUCCACUCUUCGGCGGCGCCCUCAUAGUCGACCUUCCAUCUACAUUCGCCGACGUCAGUACAAUAAGACAAGUUCCCGACCAUCAAGAAGUCUAUUUGGAUAAAGAUGGUUUCACCAGUAUCAUAUUCGAUAUCACCGAGCGAGUCGGUACUGCGGGCUCUAGCCCCGCGACCGAUGGAGCGGCUAUGACGACUCAUUUGGAGGAUAUUGUUGAUUCCGAUUUGGAUACUGUGAAAGUGUGGUCGAUUACUGAUACCAAGUUUUCUAAAUUGCCCGAAAACACUCCCGCCUACACACUCAUCGCCACUCAAACACCCCCUCAUGAUCCCAACUCCCGCGCCUCAGCUCCAGAUUUCACGGCCAUAGUGCUCAAUCUUAUCCGUUUAGAAAGAGAGAGUACAGAUAUCUUGGUAACAAUUAACGUGCCUCAUAUUAAAGGCGAAUAUUCAGCCGACGAUGUGGAUUUGCAAUUGGGGAAACAGGGAAAAUUGAUUGAGAAUGCUGUCGAACAUGCAGCAAAGAUUUGGGAAACUUUCAAGAUUAAGGAUUGGGGCCUUUUUGAUGAGGUUUAGAUGAUGAAAGGGGGAAGAGGAAUGAGAGAGGAACGGAUGGAAGGGGAUUGGGAGAUGGGCGAGAUCGAAAUGGAAUGGAGAUCGAUUUAGUAUGGAUUUGGCUGGAUGCUGAGGAUUUGCUAUGUUUCACAGGUUGUUUUUCAAAUUUCCAUUCCCUUUGUCAGGACAGAGCAAUGCGUAUUUACAGAAUUAGCUGUCAUUAUGAUGAUCAUUAUUCUGAAUAGUCUGAAUUUCAUUAGUUAUUCAACAAAUCUCAAAUUCCAAUUUGAUUUUUCUCUCACUCUC